UGAGACCAUGAUGGACUCCUAACAGCCCGCGAGGACGAAGUCCGUGGGAAGAACUGCCUCGUUAGCUCAACUAACGGUUAAAAGUCGCAAGUUCGGAUUCCGAAUGAGUGUAUUUCGAGGUAGGACGCUCGCCAAAAUAACAUUGCGUCUGGGAGAAAUGUAAUCAAAUUACUUCCUUUCUUGUAUUUUUCAAAUUUCCACUUUUGAAAAAGGGCUAGCCUGGGGCGUCAAAAAUCUAGAGUUUUAAUUCUGCGACCGACGGACUUAAAUCAAAUUACGUCCUCAUCCGUGAAAAGGGCGUCAGAAGUUCGAAUCUCGAAAAUUCCCCCUAGUUUGAAAUUUCACAGCGAGACCAAUCCCACCUCCGGCAUUUUCGCCGAAGACGUAUUUUGACCCUCUCUCUUCACCGUCCGCGCAGCCUCCUGAAGCAAUCGUAAGCCCCGCCCCCUGCGCUCCGGACGGCGCGAAAACCCAAUUGACAAGAACUCCCUCCAAAGCCCGCGGGUCCGAUCUGCUUUCGGCCUGCUUUCCCAGUCGGGAUCGCAAUCCCCGGCGCUGAGCCUGGGGCGCCCGCGUCGAGGGCACCCCGCGCUCGCCGGCCGCGUCCAAGAGUCCUCGCUGCCCGCGCUUUCUUACCGCCUCUUCCCGCGUACGACUCGGCUGAGCUGGGCCCAGCCUCCGCAACCGCUCCGGCCGGGUGGGCGCGGGGGAGUCGGAGACGGACCGCCGCGUCCCGGCUGCUCCCUCUGCGGGAGCUGGCCGCCUCCAUGGCCUCCAGGCUGGCGGGGCCCGGCCGCACAACGCCCUAGGAGCCGGCAUUCCGGGAAUCUGGGAGCAUGGUGGGGGUCCUGGCCAUGGCGGCGGCAGCUGCUCCCCCUCCUGUGAAGGACUACGAGAUUGAGGCAUGCAAAAAGCGAAGGAAAGAUGAUGACAGAUCUUCCUGCAAGACAAUUACAAAAUAUUUAUCACCAAUAGGGAAGACUGGAGACAGUGUUUUCUCUCCACCAAAAUCCAGUAAUAUUCUGGAUUAUUUUAGAAAGACUUCCCCCACAAAUGAGAAGACACGGUCAGCAAAAGAGAGCAAGAUGAAGUCAUCUGCACCAUUGCCUGCUGACUGUGGCAAGAACUGUAACACACCUUUGGAAAUGUUCUCAAAUCUAGAUUUUAAGAAGAGAGGAAAGAGAGUUAAUUUAUCUCAUCGACUAAAUAAUGUUAAAACUGAAAAUGAAUCUCCAAUUAAAAUUAGUGAUGAUAGCAAAGAAGACUCUAGUCUAAAUAAUGAUUUUGUAGAAAGUAGUACUUCUGUUUUACUCUACAAGAAACGUGUAGAGGUACUUGCAGAAGGUAGUCAAGAUAAAAAACAGUCAAGCACUAUGACCUCCAUAAAAAGCUCUAAGAAAGUGAAUCCUAAACAAAGGAUCACAAAAAACGAUUGCAAAAAAAUGAGAAAAAGGAAGCACAGGGAUAUAAUAGAUCUAUCCGAAAGCUUACGGUUGGCGGAGGAGCUAAAUCUCCAUCAAAAAGAUGGUAAAGAUAGGAAGCAGAUAACUCCUUCCCUAACUAAUGAGAUCGAGAGUACUGCAAAUGAUGCGGACUCCAGAGGUGAUAUAACUAGAACAGCCCACUUAAAUGAUAGUACGAUUACUGUCUCCUAUGAGGAGUUUUUAAAAAGUCACAAGGAAAAUAAAGCAGGACACAUACCAGACUCUACAGUGUCAAUUUGUAUUCCCUCUGAAACUGUUGAAGAUAUGGUCAAAAGUGGUUGUGUAAGUGAUGCAGAGACCUGUGAAAUUUCCCAACAUGUACGCUAUAAGACAGUCACUGUUCUUGCACAAGUUCACCCCAUUCCCCCGAGAAAGACAAGGAAAAUACCCUCCAUUUUCUUGAAACAGAAGCAGUUGGAAAUGGAAAAUAGUCUGUCUGAUCCUGAGAAUGAACAGACUGUUCAGAAAAGAAAAUCUAAUGUUGUCAUACAGGAGGAAGAGUUAGAAUUGGCAGUGUUGGAAGCUGGAAGUGCGGAGGCCGUGAAACCAAAAUGCACUCUAGAAGAAAGACAGCAGUUUAUGAAAGCAUUUAGGCAGCCGGCAUCUGAUGCACUUAAAAACGGGGUCAGAAAGUCUUCUGAUAAGCAGAAAGAGCUCAGUGAAAAAUCCUUAAAUGAGGAAGGAAGAGACAGUAAUUCUAAAAAAAUCACGGAAGAUCCUAACAUUCAGGUGGUUUCAGAUUAUGGCAAUUCACCGUCACGCACCGAGAAAGGAAGUUUUCCUAACGAGACAGGUAAAAAGCUGAAGAAAAAAGAUCAGAAAAUGUCAGAUACUGGUACCACUCCAGGUGGAAACAGACAGGGCAAUAUUCAAAAGAAAGCGGCGACUUUUUCCUUUAGAGAUAAGCAGAAUCAAAAUAGACUUAGAAUGAGUUUAAGGCAAAAGAAAACAGAAGUUUUCAAAAACAGCACAUUAUUUAGCAGUGAGAGUCUUACUUGUAAAGAUUUAGCAAAUGACCCGCUAAAGAUUUCCUCUCCAUGUAACAAGAAGUCUUCAAGAAAAACCAGCAUGCCAGUUAAGGAUAAGGUUAUACAUUCUGAAGCUGAAACUGAAGACAGUUUGGUAAAUGUUUCCACACCCAAGCCAACCAGGAAAUCUGUAAGAACCAGCAGCACACCUACUUCAGUAGUCAUUAGCUGUACCGAUUCUGAAGAAGGUAGUCCUGGAAAGCUUUCCACUCCAAAAACAGCCAACUUACCAGAAAAGCACAGUUUAUAUACAGCAGAAUUAAUAACAGUACCUUCUGACUCAGAGAGCCCUAUUAGAAUGAAAUUCACCAGAAUUAGUACUCCUAAGAAGUCUAAGAAAAAACCUAAGAAACGAUGUGAAAAAUCUGAAGCAACUGAUGGAGAUUUUACUUCUCAGACCAGAAAGGCAAGCAGUGCUUCAAAAAAUGUAUCUAAAGCAAAACAAUUGAUUGAAAAAGCAAAAGCUUUACACAUUAGUAGGUCAAAAGCUACUGAAGAAAUAGUGACACCCUUGAGACGUUCAUCUAGACAUCAGACACUUUCUGAAAAGCAAUUGUCAGAAACAGAAGACUCUGUAAUAAUAAUAGAUUCAGACUAUACUUCUUUAAAGCAUCCUGAGAAAAAUCAGAAGAAACUUCAGUGUCUGAAUGAUGUGCUAGGAAAAAAACUAAGCAAGACUCCUAAAAAUGUGCCUGGGAAAAUGAAAGUUGCUCCUUUAUUUCUUACCAGAAAGGCUCAAAAAACAGCUGAUCCUAUUCUUGGUUUUGAUGAAAGCAGUCAAGAUACACCUGAAAAGUCUCAGGAUUGUGAUGUGCAGUUUAAAGCAAAGCGUGACUUUCUAAUGAGUGGUUUGCCAGAUUUGCUGAAACGACAGAUCGCAAAGAAAGCUGCUGCAUUAGAUGUGUACAACAUCGCAAGCACUAGUUUCCAGAGAGUCGUCCACGUACAGCAGAAAGAUGAUGGUUGCCAUUUGUGGCAUUUGAAACCACCCACUUGCUCUCUCUUAACCAAACUUAAAGAACUGAAUACUAAAGUAAUAGAUCUCUCAAGAUGUGUUCUUGCUCUUGGUGAAUUUUCAACAUUGAAUUCAAAUUCUAAAAUUACUAAUUCUGCUGUUGGGUUUUUGGAGAGAAGGAAAGAUUUGACUGAAGAAGUAAGAAACCUUUUGCUGGAGGAAAUUAGUUGGUCAAAUCCUGAAUUUUCUUUGAGGAAAUAUUUUUCUUUGCUUCUAAAAAAACGAAGUGAGCACCAGCUGCUUUCUGAGUGUCACCGUAAACAAGAAAGUCCACAACGAGAGCCCGAUGUCAGUCAAAAAGAAACCAAAAGGAAACGAGUGGAAACAGAAAUUCAUAAGUCAAAAAGAAAGAAACCAAACGAGUAUUCACAAAGUCCGAAAAAGAUAAAUGGGAAACCAGAAGAACUUGACAAAAGAAACAGCUCCACUGGGAUAAAGCUAGACUCUUGUAAAGGCCUUCUUUCUAAAACAUCCAGGAAGAGACAAACUGCUUUGAGUACAACAUGUAAACUAGAAACAGAAGCAGUUGAAGAUCCCGAUGUUCCGAUGAUGGGUGAUGGCAGAGAGCCUCCCUCAGAAAGAUCUCCUGCUCCUGAUUCUGGAAUUGAAGACAUGCUUUGGACAGAAAAGUAUCAACCUCAGAACUCCAGUGAACUCAUAGGCAAUGAGCUAGCUAUAAAAAAGUUACAUAGUUGGUUGAAAGACUGGAAGAAAAGAGCUGAAUUGGAAGAAAGACAGAAUUUGAAGGGAAAAAAAGAUGAGAAACUGGAAGAUCUAUCGGAUAGCAUAGAUUUUAAAGGCAGUUCGGAUGACGAGGAGGAGAGUCGCCUCUGCAAUACUGUUCUUAUAACAGGGCCGACGGGAGUGGGGAAGACCGCGGCCGUGUAUGCCUGUGCUCAGGAGCUUGGAUUCAAGAUAUUUGAAGUCAAUGCGUCUUCUCAGCGCAGUGGUAGACAAAUUCUAUCUCAACUGAAGGAAGCUACUCAGUCCCAUCAAGUGGACAAGCAAGGUGUAAACUCCCAAAAACCUUGUUUUUUUAAUAGUUACAACCUAGGCAAGUCACCAAAAAAAUUAAGCUCCCCUAAGAAAGUUGUCACAUCACCAAGGAAACUCCUUCCACCGUCAGCACAAACUAGCGCACCAAAGCGAACGCUUCCACCUAAAACUUUGGCAAAUUAUUUUAAAGUGUCUCCCAAGCCAAAAAAUAAUGACGAAGUGGUACUUCCGGAAAAUUAUAAAGGAAUAAAAAAUUCUUGUGAGCAAAAACCAGUUAUUCAGACUCAGGCUACGAACACAACGAGGUCAAAUGUCAAAGAAUUUGGAGCUGAGGAACCCAACAGGAAAAAUGCAACAUCUCUCAUUCUUUUUGAGGAGGUUGAUGUCAUUUUUGAAGAAGAUGCUGGGUUUUUGAAUGCAAUCAAAACAUUCAUGGCAACAACUAAAAGACCUGUGAUCCUUACUACUAGUGAUCCAACAUUCAGUUUAAUGUUUGAUGGCUGCUUUGAAGAAAUUAAUUUCAGUACUCCUUCGCUUCUAAAUGUUGCGAGCUACCUACAGGUGAUCUGCUUGGCUGAGAACUUUAGAACUGACGUGAAAGACUUUGUAACAUUGUUAACUGCAAAUACUUGUGAUAUCAGAAAAAGUAUCCUUUACUUACAAUUCUGGAUUAGAAGUGGAGGUGGAUUUUUAGAAGAAAGGCCAUUAUCCCUUUGUCGAGGAAAUAGCAGAAACGUUCAACUUGUUUGCUCUGAAGAUGGCCCGGAUUCCAAAAAUAAACCUAAAAAUACUAAAAGGAGUCCUACAGACCUUCCCAAAUGUGACACUGGCUGUGUUGAGACCUUGUUUGGCCUUAAGAACAUUUUUUCCCCAUCUGAAGAUUUAUUUUCAUUUCUAAAGCACAAAAUCACAACAAAGGAAGAGUGGCAUCAGUUCAUCCAACUUCUUACAGAAUUCCGAAAGCAGAAUGUAGAUUUCUUAUAUAGUAAUCUUGAGUUCAUUCUACCACUACCUGUUAACAUCAUUCCAGAAACAGAAAACUUUUAUGGUUCAUCAGUAAGUGUGGACCCCAGUGCAGCAACAAAAAAUAUCAAGUGUCUUGCUAGGAAGCAUUCUGAAGAAGAGAAGCCAUCGAAAAAGCCACAAAAAAAGAAACAAAAGAAGAAGAUGGUAGUUCUAGAUGAUAGUGACUUAUUUGACACUGAAUUGGACUUCUCUAAUGAAUUUCUUAGCCCUUCCCCUGCAUCUUCCUCCUCAAAUUCAGAAGAAAGCAAAACCAGAGACAAAGAAAGCAAUCCAGAGACAAAGAAACUGAACAGAUGUUCAGAGCCUAACUUGGAAUCUAUUCCUCGUCCUCCUAAAACACCAGCAGAAAAGAAAUGUUCUGCCCUUGUUUCUCACUGUUUAAAUUCUCUCACUGAGUUCAUGGAUAACAUGUCCUUCUUAGAUGCUCUUUUAACUGAUGGAGGAGAACGAAAGGAGUUUGGUCAAAAUGACUUCAGUUGGACAAAUGUGAAAAGCGGACUUUGUGAUGAGUUUAGCCUGGAGAACAGUGAUGGAUGGACUUCUCAGAGCUCUGGAGAAUUAAAGGCAGCCGUAGAAGCUCUCAGCUUUACUAAGUGUUCGUCUACUAUUUCAAAAGCACUGGAAAGCUCCUUGAAUUCUUGCAAGAAAUCAGGAAGAGAUCCAACGAAAGAGCUUACUCUUUAUGUUUCACAAAAGCGCAGCAACGUAUACUUCAGUCAGUCAGCGGCUAAUUUAGACAGUGCCUGGAAGAGGAUAGCAGUCAUUAAAAGUGUAUUUUCUAGCCGAUCCCUUCUGAACCUGGGUAACAGACAAGCUCGUAUAAUUGAGUACUUGCCAACUCUUCGGAACAUUUGUAGGACUGAGAAGCUAAAAGAACAAGGAAAAAGUAAAAGAAGGUUCCUACACUAUCUUGAAAGUAUUCAUCUUAACAUUUCGAAAGACACUGUGAACACUUUGGCAGCUGGCUUCCCUUAAUAUUCCACAUUAACAAUGCCUUGUACAGAUUAUUAUGUGCUCCUCAAGAUACAUUUUUAUAUUGAUUUUCAUGGAAGAAUUUCUUUCUCUUAGUGUACAUUUAAAACACACUAUUUGUAUAUUUUUUUAUUAGUGUGCAAAUAUUUAAAAUGAAAAAAUUUGAGUUACAAAUUGUAUUUAUGAUUGUGGUGGGUUUUUUUUCUGAAAUUUUUUGUAUUAUUUGACUUAGCUUGUAUUUUUGCAUGUGAGCGAGCUGUUUCUAGAAGGUAGUAUUCACUAUAUUUCUAAAGAGCUUUCACUGUUAAAUUAAUCCAUAAUUUUUCUCUUUCCUGUUACCUUUAAUCCACUCUCUCCAGCCCAGUUCUGUCACGUUGUAUAUAUGAAUCAUCUAGGUGUUAGUCUCAUUCACACAGUACAAAAUUAUGUAAUACAUAAAAACUUGUUAGAAGGGAAGAAAUUUUGCUUCAUUUUUCAAAAAGUACCAUCUUCCCGAUAAGUUUUAGUGUAUUCCUUCAGCGUGUUUUGCCAUUGACUCAUUGAAUGCUGACAAAGUGAAAAUAAGAUCAUGAAUUGUCAUUUUCAUAAAUCUUUUUUAGCAACCAUACAUGUGAUAUCUUGUAUAUUUUGCCAACUCACAUCAUUUGCCUUGUACAUUUUUCUUGUACUUUUAUAUCAGUGAUGUUUUAUUUCAUAAAAAUGUUAAUGCUGUUAAUAUAUCUAUUUUCGACAAACUGCUAUUCAUUAAAAUUGUAACAAAGGAGGAUUCUACUAUGGACUUUCUACAUCAUAGUCAUUUCCACUUAAGGUUGUUUUUGGAGAAAGUAUGUAUUUUUAAUUGCAAGAUUUUAAAAUCCCACAUUUCACUUAAAAUCAUUUUUGGAAUCAUAUAAUCAAGUAUAUCUGAAAAUAGUUUCCUAUUUCAAAUGUUUAUAUUAUGUAUUAGCCUAGAAUUCAGUUACAUUAUCUGGUGAAUUUUAUGUUUACCUCAAAGGUAAGGAUCCUAAUUUUGUACAGAUGGAAAAUAUUGAUGUAUACCUGUGUACAAAUGUGUAUGAAAAUACAUUUUUACCUCUUAUUCAGUCUA